GCGCCCUUCCGCAGCGCUUCAGCAACAGUUAUGAGCACUUUAUGCCGCUUUAACAACAAAUUUUAAAUACCACAGGAAAGCACAUCUGCAACAUUUGAUUCCUGUUAUGUAUUUAGCAACACAGCAUGGAGUUUUGUGUGGUGGCUGCAUUUCUGACUUUGCCGUAUAAAGUUUGAACGUGCCAUAUAAAUAAUUAAGGGUUCAGGCAUAAGCGGCUUUUUCUAUCGAUUAAUCCACCACUUAUACGGUACUCACGCAUAUCAUUUUAUGCACGCAGUUGAGCUAUAUGUGAUGUUUAAUGGAGUUCAUUCUAAUUUGAUUAAUUGCUGUGUAUUAAUUAUGUACUGUAGCUCUUUAUGCAUAUAAAGUUUUAACAUAAAUAUAUUGAAGCCUUAUUGCUUAAGCUAAGUAUACAUGACUGUGCAUUUUCGUACCAGCUGAAAGAAAGGUCACCGGGAAACAUAGUUAUUUUUGGUUAGUAUUUCGGCCGUACGUGUCGCGAUUGGCAUGAAGUCAACUCCAGCUGCUUAUAAGCAAUGCAUCCGGAAUGAGCAGAUUCUUUUCGAGUUCCUUCAACUCUAGUAAAAAUAUUAGCGAUUGCUUUUGUGGGUUGAAAUAAAAUGGGUAGGAUUCGUCGACGCCGCAGUCCCAGCAGUGUGCGAUUGGGAUCCACAUCUCAACAGCCUCCAAAUUCCCAAUCUCAAGGUGCAGAAUCUGAUUUCGACAUUAACGUCCAAGGGCAGAUCAGUCCACCGACCCAGCUGCCGUGGAACAAUGACUGGCCUCCGCCCCAGCCCGAUCUGGAUAGAUCACGUCGUGGUGGCGGUGGCGGUGGUGGUGGUGGUGGCCGAGAUCGUGGCCCGGCGCUACCCCCUUGGAUGUGGGAUAAUGGUCCGCAUGAUCAUCAAAACGAUUUUGAUCGAAAUGGAGAAGAUCCUGAUCCUUUGCGAAAACCAGUCGGAGGAGUAUCUAUCACAACGGCAGUUGGAUUAGGAGUUGGAAUUCCACUAGGUUGUUUUGUGAUUGUAUUUUUCCUCUAUAAAAUUUGGCCAAAAAAGCUAAAAACGCUUCCUAAGUUUUUGAGAAGGACAUCCAAGAAAGCGGUAGAGAACCAUCUGAAAGUUUCGCUUGACCUUAAAAUUUUUGGAUCCGCAUAUACGAAUCCUCAUCUUCGCGACCAUUUCACGAAGCUGGCAAUUGACCCAAGUGGACUGCAAUUAAGCGAAACGAUUUUGGGAAGAGGCGAAUAUGGCAUUGUCAGCAAAGGUUUUGCAACGGGUUUACUGGGAUAUCCACCACGAACAAUGGUGGCUGUCAAAGCCCUGCUGUAUUCUGAUGACAACCGAAGGCGCAAAUCGUUUCUCAAUGAGAUUGAAAUGAUGCUCGGGAUCGGACGUCACCUAAACAUUGUGAAUUUACUAGGAAUUGUAGCAGAAGCCGAAAAUCCAAAACUUCUUCUCGAAUACUGCGCCCAGGGAUCCUUGAAAAGUUAUUUACGAAAACAAAAAGAUGACCUUUUCUAUAACCACGUCGCUUCGGACGGUGAGCUUCUUGCGCAUGAAGAAAAAGAAUUAUACGAUCGACAAAACCGGGCUACAAAUACAGCGAGCACGGACGAUUCAUCCGUGUACACAUACAAUUCUUCGACAAAUAUCAUUGUCUUGUCCACUCAAGAUCUGCUUAGCUUCUGCUACCAAAUUUGUCGCGGACUUGAAUUCCUUGCAUCACAAUGGAUAUUACACCGUGAUAUUGCGGCCAGAAAUGUUUUGGUUACCGACAGAAAUGUGGUAAAAAUCUCGGAUUUUGGAAUGGCUAAGCAGUGCCAAAGCGAUAUUUAUGUUCUGGAAACCGAUCUCGAUGGCCCAAUGCCUGUCAAAUGGAUGGCACCCGAAGCGGUGCUCCAGAGGAGAUUUUCCGAGAAAAGCGAUGUGUGGUCAUUUGGAGUACUAACGUGCGAGAUUUUCUCCCUUGGCAGAGACCCAUAUCCGGACAGUGUUGUAAAAGGCCAAGUUAUGGAAUUUGUUAUGAAGAUACGGGACGGGUUUCGCAUUACGCGACCGGUUUAUUACCCAGCAGAUAUAUUUAACAAAGUUGCCAAUAGAUCGUGGGAAAUCAAUCCUAAUGACAGACCCACAUUUCAGCAACUGCGGCAAAUUCUGGAGAACUACGUACCACUUUCUCGUCAAACAGAAUACUUGGAGCUAAAUCAAGAAUACGAAACGUUUAACCACAUAUUUGGCAUGACCACCCAUAAUGCUUACGUGGAUCUCAAAUAUGAGAACAUCAUCUAUGAUGCUGUGAAGUACUGACAGCUGCAGUACAUAAAUCCGGUUUUUGCAUUAAUGCUGUAAUCCGCAGACCGCUGUAACGGCUCUAUUAAUUUAGAUUUGUACUUUAUACGUAACAUUGUUACACGUAUUAUCAUUGUGCUGUGUAUUGUACGUGAAGCAAAUACGAAUCCCACCAGCAACGUGCUAUAAAAUAUUAAGCAAUUU